GGAACAUACAUGUGCAGCAUUUCCUGCAUCUUUCAUCCUCCGGCGGCUCUGAGCCCUAAAUGAGUGACUUGUCUUGGAUGCGGUCGCCUCCGUGGAGCUGUCACUCUCCGGUGACCCGACGACUCUGGAGGCUGGUUUUGUUGUUGCUCUGACGUCAGCGGGAGCCACAAUGGAGCUGACAACAUGAAGUAUAAAAGCCGGUUUGGAGGCUGGAGCUGCGCUGCUCCAAAGCUGCUGCUCUGCACCGGGUUAACUUAACAAAACAUCUGAGAGAUCAAGAUGCACUUCCUGAGCUUCACACCCAUCGUCUCACUGCUGCUGACUUUCCUCGCUGGACUGCAUGGUGCCAAAUGGACAUACAAUGGGCCAGAUGGACAGCACUACUGGCCAAAGGAUUAUCCAUAUUGUGGUGGAGCGUUCCAGUCUCCAAUAGACUUCAAGCCAAACCUGCUGAGGUUCGACCCAACGUUACGUCCAAUUGAGAUUCAAAACUACAACCUGUCGCCCUAUGAGCAGCUUACACUUGGAAAUAAUGGACAUUCUGUGCAAAUAUCGCUGCCCUCUAAGAUGCACAUCUCCAGCCUGCCUCAUCGUUACACUGCAGCUCAACUUCAUCUUCACUGGGGCACCAACGGUAGACCUGGAGGCUCUGAACACACGGUGAACAGUAAGCAGUAUGCAGCAGAGAUGCAUGUAGUACACUUCAAUUCAGACAAGUAUCCCAACAUGGCCUCAGCUGUAGAUAAAUCCGACGGCCUGGCUGUGCUGGGUGUGCUGAUUGAGGUUGGAGAGUUCAAUCCGGCCUUCGAGCAGUUUCUGAAGUUCCUCAAUGGUAUCAAAUACAAGGAUCAGAAAGUGCAGGUGCCCGGGUUCAACAUCAGAGCGCUGCUGCCUGCACGUCUGGAUGAGUAUUACCUCUACGAUGGGUCGCUGACGACUCCUCCGUGCUAUCCCAGCGUGCUGUGGACAGUGUUCAGGAAUCACGUCACAAUAUCUCGCAAACAGUUCCUGGCCCUGGCAACAUCCCUCUACUCCUCCCAUGCCCAGGACACGGUCCCCGCGCCUCUGAAUGGCAACUACAGGAGACCGCAGCCAUCUGACAGCCGAGUUGUGUUGGUAUCUUUCAAGGAGGGCAGAGGACUGCAAGGUGCUAUCACAGUCACAUCUCUACUUAAGAGGAAGCAAAUCGUUCAGCAGCUGCUGGUCGGUGACCUAGCAGACCUGGCUGAUGAAGGGCUCUAUCAGCUCCUACCGAGCGGCUCAGAGAAGCUCCACGUAAGCAAGAAGAAAGACCUCAAUGACCAGGGUGAGACUCUGGCCAAAUCCAAACAACUAACGCUGAAUCCAUCCCCUUGGAAGAAGAGCUCUGUGGGAAACUUAGGGCUUGCCAGGGACGCGCUGUGCUACGUCUCACUGGAGCAGAGCAUUUUGCAUUCGCUCCAGCAGUCUCACACUGAGUACAAGCUGGUUCACGCUCUCAGAGAUGCAACGUUCCCUGAGCUCAACCUCAAGAGCUACAUGGACUGUAGGUCAGACUUAGCCCUCCCCACUAUCAGACACAUCCUCCGUGGACGGCCAACAGAUGAGGCUUUUGAGUUAGAUCGCUCUCUGACAAAAGCCUGGAAGAAUACAAGAAAGACUUCCACAGCAAUCAAGCAAAAUGUGCCAGUGACAAACCAUGGUGGUUUGUCUCCUGCCACCGUUCCCGGGAUACCAUUCAGACAGGGUUAUCCACAUCCUUGGCUUUUGCCAAUGGAGUGGGAAGACUAGAGAGAUUCCUGAAAUAGCUGCGACUCACAUUAUGUCACAUUCUGUAGCAGACAUCAGUUGUGGGUCCCAGUGAAAGACACAUUUUCAAGCCACGCUCUGCAUUUCUUUGACCAAUCUUUCUCACAAAUGUAUUUAACAUUAAAGGGGACAUAUCAUGCUCAUUUUGAGGUUCAUACUUGUAUUUUGGGUUUCUAUUAGAACAUGUUUACAUGCUUUAAUAUUCAAAGAACACACUAUUUUUCUCAUACUGUCUGUCUGAAUAUACCUGUAGUCGCCCUCUGUCUGAAACUUUCCGUUUUAGCGCCUGUCUCUUUAAGACCCUCUCCCUAAAAUGUCUGCUCUCAUUGGCAAAUAUGGUGCACCUUUACAAAUGUAGUUCUCAAGCUGUGGGGGCAGAUACUCAGAUGGGGGGCGGUGUAUUCUAAUGAGCCUGCAUGUGACAAAUAGAGUUUUUCCAUACAAACAUGCUGGCUUGGCUCGACUUGGUUUGACUACCCGCUUGAAGGUGUGUGUUUAGUGGACAAAGGAGCGGUUGUAAAAAUGGUGGAUAAACAUUUAAUUUCUAUAUUCUUCACAAUUCUUCCACCGUUACUUUUGCUGUUUGUUCUCUUCCUCCCUGCAGUAUUAGUAGACGUGUUUUUAUUAAGCAUAGCCGGAGAUAAACAUUUCACACUAAACACACAAUAAAAGUCCCCCUUUAUAUUAUUAUUUAAAAGCUUUUAUUAUGAAGUAGCAAAAACAGGAAAUAUUGGGUUUUCAUCAGCUGCAACUUAACAUGCCUCCUGUACAGCUUAAAGCAAAACAGUAAUAUAAAGUAGAUAUGUGAAAGUACAAACAGGGACUCAGGAGAGAAACUAUACUUCACACCUCAGAGAUUCAAUUAGAAGCUACAGAAGCACUGAGAGCUGAGCACACAUAAACGUCUCUCUGGUCUCCUGCACAUUGAGUCUCACUCACAACCAAAGUGCAACCCACUUGGAGGCGGGUUGGGCGCACUUUGGCCACGAUCACAGAGAUGUUCCAUCUCGGGCGUGGCACAACUUGCUGUGCUAAAACUGGUAAUGGAAACGCAAAUCAGCGCGGCAUUGUUUUACUCGGCGCGGCCAAAAGGGCUAAUGGAAAACGCACUAAUACCAAGGGGAGCCAAAUCUGUAUGUUGAAUCGCAUGUUUUCUGAUCUAGGCAGCCCACAAAAAACUGGCUGGGUUGUCCUAUUUCACAGUUUGUGGGCUGGUAGGUACUCCAGAUACCCAAAUGUAUGUGCACAAGCACUGACACAUUUUGAUGAUUUUUUCAUGAUAUGUCCCCUUUAAAUUAUUUUUUUCCAGUAUGUGCACAUCAUUAUAACAUGAUUUCUAACAUGUCAUGUCAUAUGUCAUGUACUGAAUGUUUUUGCAAACAUACACCUAUGUAAAACCAGUCAUCACCAGUGACUGUGCUCAGUGCUGUAAGCAGAUUCUGAAAUGUUACGACAAUCUCAACAUGUAUGUUUUCAGAGAUUUUUUUUAAUGAAAAUCUGCAAAAAUGAGAGACAUUUAGAUUCUUUCAACGGGCUUUACGUCUGUUUGUAUAACGUUGCCUUGCUAUGAAAUGCUUUAAAAUAAACGGCCACAACGCACAUAUUCCAUUGCUUUAAAAUCUACAUGCAUGUAGCUACAUAUAUAGUACACAAAAUGCACAGAAUAUUUAUAGUGUUAUGCUGUACACCAAGUUCUCUUCUAUAGUAUGGUAAUUGUGGAGUUAUACUUGUAAUUACUAUCUUGCACAAUAUAGAAAUGCAGCUAAACCAAAAGAAUUUGUAAGAGCUUAAGGGCUUUAUGUCACAUCCCUGUCUUCUGUUACAAUUUGUUCUUCUGUUCAAAAUAAUGAAACAGCGACUGUACAUAUUGGGAUCUAUUUUCAAUAAAAGCAUUUUACAUUAA